CUGUUCUACACAUUCCCGACACUACGUCGGCCGCCACUACACUACACUCACGCAUGUUGCGUGCUCUUCCUGUCUCGAGGGCGGUAGGUGCACCUUCGGGCAGGGCUGCGGUUCGGGUCGUCCGUCGCAGGUUCACGACCGAGCCGCUUCCAGCACCGCCCAAGAAAAAGAAAAGCGUCGUGCGGAGACUAGUCUUCUACACGGCCGCAGGUGUCUCGACCUUCUACGUUGGCAGCGCUUUCGUCUCGUUCCAGGUCCCUCAGUACCGCGAACUAUUCGUUGAGCAUGUGCCUUUUGGCCCAUCCUUCCUUCAGUAUGCGGAAGACCACGAAUGGGACACCCUCACGGUCAAUGAUGUCGUUAGGUCCGGAGAGAAGGUCGUCGUUCUCUCCCAGGAGGUUUUCAACAGUAUACUGUCCUUGUUCAGCGGUGACAACGCGAAGGACGCGUAUGAGAAGACAAAGGAGCAGGCGAAGGAGGCUUACGAGCACGGCAGGGACAGGGUGAAGUCGAUCGCGCAAAGGGCCGUGACACAGGUGGACAAGAGCGAGUCAGCGAUCUACGACAAAGGUGCGAAAGCUGCUGCAGUUGCCAAGCACCGAGCCGCCCAGUUCUCAGAGGGCGUCGAGGAGCUCGUCCAGAGGGCCGAGGAUGCGUUGGCUGGCAAGCCGACUGACAGACUCCCGGAAGCGACGACGACCCCUGCGCAACCUGCUGUUGCUCCUCCUGAUACCAUCCCUCCUCGGACGAACGAACAGGACACCCCUGCCAAGACUGGAACUGUUUACGACGCCCCUCUCCCUGUCGGCUUCGAGCCUCCUCCCGGCUACACUCGUCCAAAGCCACCAAAGAAGCCCGAACCCGAAGCAGCGCCCACACCCGCUAAGCCGGCUGAGCCCGUUCCUCCUCCCCCCGCACCCGAACCUCUCCCUCUGGUCGCGCCAGCUGUCUCCGAGUUCAGCGCGUCCGAGCCGAUUAUUGCUCAGCUCGCGACUGUGAUAGACGACCUCGCGUCGUAUCUGAACACGAACCCGACCGCCGCGGAGAAGGCACGCGACAUCCUCGACACGGCCAAGAUCGACCUCACGCAGCUCGCGGGCCGCAUCGACGAGAUCAAGGUUGCGGAGGCGAAGAAGCUCGAGGCGUCGCUCGACGAGCAAGCGCGCGAGUGCAUGCAGUCGCUCAUGGAGCUCGAGAUGCAGGCCCAGGACAAGCUCGACAGCCAGGAGGAGGGCUUCCGCAAGUUCUUUGAGCAGGAGCGCGCGAAGUUGAUACAGGAGUACAGGCAGAAGCUCGAGCUCGAGCUUGAGACCCAGAGCGAGAUCAUCAACGAGCGCCUAAAGACGGAGGUCAUCGCGCAAGGUAUCGAGCUCCAGCGCCGCUGGAUCCGCGAGAUCAAGGUGCGCGUCGAACAGGAGCGUGGCGGUCGUCUAGCCAAGCUCGACGAGAUUGCGACCAACCUGAAGCGCCUCGAACGCGUCGCGCUCGACAAUGCCGGCUACCUUGACGAGAACAUCCGCGUACACGCCCUCUGGUCCGCCCUCCGCGCCGUCAACCACGCCGUCGACGCGCCCGAGCGUAAGCCCUUCCGCGAAGAGCUCCGUGUCCUCCGCCACGUCGCCGCGGCACGCGAGGACCCCGUCGUCACAGCCGCGCUCCAGACCCUCGAGGCGUCCGACGUGCCCGACGUCGGCGUCGAGCCCCUCGCGGACCUCACGACGUGGUUCACGUCGUCAGUCGCACCGCGUGUGUCGAGCGUUGCGCUGGUCCCGGACCAGAAUGCGGGCGUGCUGUCGUACCUUGCAUCAAACCUGUUCUCAACGUUCCGCUUCCAGCGGCAUGGUCUCGUCCCCGGGUCGGACGUGCUGAGUGUGCUGGCGCGGGCGGAGUACUUCUUGAACGAGAAGGAUCUGGAUAGCGCUGCUCGCGAGCUCAACCAGCUCAAGGGUCCUGCGAAGGUGCUCCUCACUGACUGGCUGGACGCUGCUCGUAAGCGACUAGAGGUGCUCCAAGCGCUACAGAUCGUUGAGGCAGAGGCUACGCUUGCGUCGCUUUUGGUCGUACAGGACUAGAUUUCGUAUAGUAAUAGUUCAUUAGAUUACAACCACUGGACAUCGUACAAGCGCAUGCGUUGUGCAACUCCAGACAUACUGCUGAAUCUCAGCUCAGUAUCAGCCACAUAGGUGAAGGCGGUCUACUGAUACCCUCAAUCCCGAUCGUGGGUAUGAUGCCCGGAUCUCCUGCCAGGUUGCGGCAGCGACGAUUUUAU